CACUUUCCUGAGGACUGCCGUUGGCAGCUACUCUCUAAACAACUCACUCUGGCUCAAUUUGAGAGCCUUCCACUGACCAAGUCUCAGUUCUUCAAGUGUGCUAUGGAUUUUCGUGAGGAACAUCAUGGUGUGAUCCAAGUUGUUGACGGUUGCAUUCGCAUGAGCCUCGGGUUUUGGCGGCCGGGUGCGUUCACCUACAAGUUGCAGCAUCUUCUUGGCAGCGCCCGUGUUUCCCAACCUGCCCUCGUACCUGUCCGUGCAGCAGGCUUAAUUGAUGUCUUCCAGACGUCUGAACGAGAGAGGCUGCUAUUGAAGGACUUUGUGCUGCAGGAGACUACCCAAGAUGCUCUCAACUUUUUUAUUCGGUUGCCUUCGAGAGGGGCAUACUUUUUAACAGUAUAUGCUCAGUUUACCAUCGAUAGGAAGGAGUCUUGA